AUGAGUAACCGUACUUAUCUCCCCUUCUCACCCUUCGCAUGGCCUAUCGUCCGUCGCGAUGGCCAGUCCAAGACAGACAAGGCUGUCACUAUUGCCAUCGUCUGUGGUAUUUCUGCGCUUUUCCUCGCUCCACUUGUGUGGUACGUCGCAGCGAGAAUUAUCACGGUUCGUAGGGAAAGGGCCAAAAAGGCCUCUGGUGAUGUCGAGCAGGGCGUUUACUAG